UUGCCCACCCCUGCUAUAGAAAUUUAAUGCUUCAUUUUUCCAUUUGUACUGAAAUCAUUAAGAAAAAGAAGAGUGGUAAUUCACAUUUUUCAUCGGUCUAUCCCUGGACAGACCUGCCCUGGAUCAAUGUUGAGACCAUGCGACCCAUCAAGUAAUCAUAUGGAAGGAGCAAAUCUGGCUGAUUUAUUUUGUUCUUGUAACUUCCAAAGCAAGUUCACUGGGUUUUACAUCUUAAUGGUAAAAAUUUCAAAAGUAUUUAAGUGGCCUAGGAGCUUACCUCUCAUUUUCAAAAGUGACAUAUGCACUUAUCCAUUGACUUUUCCUUUGAAAUCUAUUUAAAUUAGGCAUCUAACCUGAUUAGGCAAUUGUGAAAAUCUCACAAGGCACCUUUACCAUCUUUACCUUUGAAAAUCUGGCUUUAAGUGUCUAUGUCACUCUCAAAACCAGGGCUUAGGCUCUGAAUCAUUCAGGUGACUGAAAGGUUUGUCCCUAACCUACAAAACCCAAUGCAGUUUUUUUGGAAUUUCAUAGGAAGAGCUCAAUGUAAACACAAAGCAGCCAGAUGCAAGCACUAGGUAAGCAGGAUUUGACUAUUUGAAGAGAUGAAUCAGCACUGAUGCUAGAGAAGUGGGCAGAAAGACUUAUCACUGCAGUUUGAACUGGACUACCCUGUGGGCACAAAGUCCUUGUGCAGAUCUGAAGGUCCUGUUCCCUCAUUGUGAGCUACUCAAAAAGUAGCACUAUGAUGCCAAAGCUAUAGGAAUGAUUCAUGAAACACACACAACAGGAGCUAGAAUCCUAAUACUGGACAGUGUUCUAGAACCUCCUAAGCCACUGUACAAGUAAUUGUGAGUUUCUAUGACAAUUUCAUGAAAGUUCUUCCCAAGUCCACAUGGAGGGAGAAACCUAAGCCUACCCUGCCAGCAUUCCACCUUCUCCUAAAACUCUGCAGUUCUAUUACUGAAAGAAAAGUGAGAAGGGCAGCAGAGAGGACAGGGUUUAUUCACACAUAAUUAGGCUUCAAAGGACAAGAAAGGUGAAUUUUUCCUAUUUACCUAGUUGGAGAUUUCACAGCGUCUUCAUUUCUGUACAGUUUCUAGUUCUACAGUUAGCUAUACUGAGUCUGAUUUAAUUCAGAAACUCAUGUUUUGUCACUAUAGAAGCAGGACUGAAUCCAGUCUUUGCCCUUUACUGCAAAUUGAGCUUAACGGGAUAAUUUUAACAAAUCAUUUUCUCUCUAAACCAUAAAUGCUUUAACAUUUCCAAGCUGGUAUAUUUAAAACUGUUUUCUUAAAAUAAUGCAUUAAUGUAUUUUCUUUUCAAUACAGAAUAUUAACAACAAAAAAAGGUGUUGCAGAAGAUAAAAAUUAUGGAAAAGGUGUAAAAAUGCUAUACUCACACAACUGUCAGCUGUCCUAUAGUAAACUGCUGUAAUUUGCUAGGUAGGGUAUGCAAGAAAACACAGUUAAGUUCAAACCCACCAAAUUCCAAACACAAUCUGCUAACAUCUGACACUUCAUUGUGCAAAUUCAGAAUUAUUUUUAUUUAGGACACCACCUGUGUCAGAGAAGUAGCUUUAAAAGCAUUUGCGGUCCACAGAAGAACUCUUUGCAAGUCUUCAAAACUCUACCAGACAGUUUAGAAUUGAAUUGACACGCUGAGCAUUUUUUGUGGAUGGCUGGUGUGCCAAUAGUGAGAUGGCUUUACAUGGAAUUUGGAACUGCUAGGAAGACGUGUGUUUCCCUCAAACUCGACCUGCUGAGAAUUCCCUAUAGAAAGCAAUAAGCCAAAACUAGCUUUGUUUCUCCUGCAUGUUGAAUUCCAAAGUGUAUAGCAUCAGGUUUAUAGGUUAUCAUGGAAUAUUUUAGUACUUUAUACUUUGAAAAGUGAAUGGAAAAUGGCAUCAUGGUCUUCUACGUUUAAGGCCUGAUCCUUCAAUUACUCUUCACACAGGAGUCCUGUUGAAAUCAGUGGGAGUUCUAUGAGCGCAGCACAGGGCCAUUAUAUCCAGCGGCUUUCACAGCAUAUCAGCUCAGUUUACAAACCCAAAGAAAAAUCAUUUUUCUAACAUCCAAUGCUGCAAACUGAACCUAGGAUCUGCCUCUUCCUGUACAUCAUUGCCAGUAACAAAAGAUUCUGCAGUAGGAACUUAGCUGAGUUGGAGAGGCAGGAUAACAUUCAGCUCCCUUCUCUGUAACUAUACUGGCUCUGAGAUGCCAGCUGUAGUUAAAAUUUGCAUAUCCCAACAUACUAGGAGAUAAAAAUCAAACAUGGACAGUUAGCAAAGAGUGUCAUUUUUAUAUUGUCACUAUUCUCUCUGUAACCACAUUUUAAAGUGUGUAAUACAUAACACGUAAUGUAUAUGAGGCAUAUUUAACCCUCUUGGACCUAUACAGAAGAGGAAAAUUGCAGUUCUUACAGAGAACAGCUGAACCUCCAGGCCUGUUUGGUUAAUUCCUUAUUUUAAAUCUGCAAGUACAUUGUUAUGCUAAUGUUAUUUCUUCGUUUUUCAUUCUUGUAUCCAGCUUGCUGAAGGCCUCUUAUCUUUUGGGUUUCAGGCACCUGUGUCGGUCCAGACCAGGAACUGUUUUAAAAUAAGUCUCCUGAGUCAUAACAUAUUUAAAAAGGAACAGCAGUAGACGGGGUGGUUCACUACUCAAAGCACAGCAAGUUUUGCUGCUGAUACAGAGAAAAAAGAGCCACACAGCUGAUGCUUAAAGCACCAAAGCAGCAAGUACAGGUGAAGCUCAGGUGAGCACACGAUGUCCGAUGAGUGAGAUACCAGCAGGUGCAAUAAUGACUCUGCAGAAAAAAGAGGUAGAGUGAACUGUUUUCUAGCAAUUCCUUCUUACCAUAGCGCUUAGGAGCCCAGGACCUCAAUAUGCGAGAAGCUGUACAGACAGAGAACAGAAAGACAAGAGGCAACAGAUACAGACAGGCAGAGAAGAGUACAAGGAAACUGUGUGAUAAUAUUGGUCAGCAUGAAUAGGCAGUGGUCUCAGCACACUGGUGGGCUAACUGCUGUCAAUUUUUUGUAAGCAUCAAGGCAAAGGAGAGAAAUAUAGAGUAAUUUGAACAGGGAUAAUGAGGUAGCUUACCUGAGGGCCUGACAGCCCAGUUAUUCAAAGUGUUGUACAGUAGAGAGCAGUGUAAUCUAAAAAGUCCCAUUACACCAUGUGAGAUAGGGAGAUAUAUAGCUAAAGGAAUGGAGGCAGAGGGCUAAGUGCACAUACUAGUGAAUGGGAGUGAAAUCCUGGCCCCACUGAAGACAAUGGCAAAUGUCCCAUUGACUUCACUAAGGACAGGAUUUCACCCCUAGUAUGUGUACAAGUUUAGAGAUAGGCCUAUCCAUCUAGAACAGAACUGCAGCCUGGGGGAUUCUGGGCUCUGCUGAGAUACUGGCUAAUGAACAACCUGCAGGAGACCUGAGAUUUUUAUUAAGUUCAAACUCUGACAAGAAAAUCUUAGUGGCAAAGACAUUGUGAGUGAGGAUUCUACAAUUGCUGUGGAUACAGGAUGUGAAGGUCACUAGCAGUGACCAAAUAAAACCAGGGUCUGUUUUAUAACAGUUCUCUGAUAGGGGAGAAAACCAGACCCUCUGAAAUGUCAGAGGACUCCUUAUUCUGGAUUCAGGGAUUUCCCCUGUCUACUGCAUUCAAAAGAUUCUUAUUAUCACAGGCAUCAGGUUUCCUGUUCCUAUUCCCUAGGGGAUUCUCCCUCUGGUAAACACGAUGAGUCACACUGAUGGAAAAUACCUACAAUUUCCCUUCCAACAUCUGUUUUAGUGCCUCCGUACCACCAUGCUACUGGCAGCAGCAGACACCCAGAUACCAAGAGCUUCCAAGAUACCCCUGUUACAGUACUGAUAUGCUAGUAACUUCGUCAAUACUUGCCCACUGUCCUAUAUCCAUUGUCUCAAUUGGUUUGCUUAUACAUUGGAGCUGACAUGCUGGAUCGGACUGUUGGUCCAGUGCAUUUAGCUGAAUAUCUUGCCUUCAUCAGGGCUAGAACCUGAUGCUUCACAAGAAUGCACGCCCUUGCCCCAUAUUAGCCUAUUGGGCAUAUUUCACCAGCCAUUGUGCAGUGCUACCAAUGAAAGGGGUCCUGAGAGAAUGCUCCACACCUUGAUAUCUCCCUGCUCCUCACCAUACCAUAAGCAGGGUAACGGGUAUAAAAGAAAAUGCAGAUUAGCAAAACAAGUAGACCACUAAGUUUGAAUGCGUUAGUAUCAAUGGCCUAAAGAAGCAGAUAAACUAGGUAUGUACUAUAUGAGCAGGCGUCCUUUAUUCCUGAUACAAUGCAAUCUAUAAAACAGCAUGUCUCUCAGUUCCAUUAACAUGGAGACUGGAGUCAGCGGAUGAGGCUUCAGGUGUGGUACAAUUACAGGGCCAGACUCUUUUUUGCAUUUCAGUGAAAAUUUCUCAAAUAGAAUUUUGCUUCUUUAAGAGAAUCCCGUUAAUAACCUUUCUACUCUCCCUUUAGGCUUUGUAACCAGCUCCCACCAUGGGUGACAGUGCUUGGGUGGGGACCUGGAGGCCUCAUCGUCCAAGGGGCCCAAUAAUGGCCCACUUUACCAGCCCAGGACCAAAGUACUCAAUACAGGGAACAACAGGUUACCUGAAGCACAACCCCACCAAAAGGAAAGCCCCUGCCUACACUUUUAAGGGGGCAAGGCCCUCGCUCCGUGAAGCCUGUUCUCCAGGUCCUCAUUACUAUGUGGAACCCUCAAUGACCAGGAAGGGAAAGGAAACUGCCCCAGCUUAUACCAUGUGUGGGCGCCCCAACGUGAAAACUGAGGUCACACCUGGCCCAAGCGAUUAUUCACCAGAGAAGUCAAAAAAGCAUGUUUAUGAAUCUGCUCCUGUGCACUCCAUGUCAUUCAGGACUAGGAGCUUCAGUGUAGACAGCACUCCAGGUCCUGGCGCAUACACUAUUCCUCGGGUGAUGGGACCCAACACAGUAGACAAAACUGCUAGCCCUUGUUAUUCCAUGAAAUGGAAGAGUAAGCUUGGUCGCUUUGAUGAGGAUCUCCAUAAGACCCCAGGUCCAGCUGCAUAUAAAAAGACAGACGUUGAUGUGUACAAAAAGAGAGCCCCCAAGUACAGCAUGAGCUCCCGGACUAAGCCUGCAGGAACAGUUAGACAUCCUGGACCAGGAGACUAUUAUCCCGGAAAGAUAACGUUGACCAAGCCUUGCGCCCCAGUUGUUACCUUCGGAAUCCGACACUCUGAGUAUACAAUGCCUUUGAUAGUGGAUGUCUAUUGACCUUCACGCAAGCUGCCUUACAGAAAUUAUAUUUAUUUUUCUAUAUCAUGUUGCUUUAUAUUUUAAAGCUGCCAGUUUUUAUACAAGUUAUCUUAUAAUUAACGAUCAUCUAUCUUCAAACAAAUAAGUUUCUACAAGUUUAGCACUAAAGGAUGACAAAUAUUCAGGAAAUGAUCACUUGCAAUAUUUUAACUUGCCUCUGGCUAUGAAGGAAUUUUCCAUAUCCCCCCUUAAUGAAGAGGACAUGUUGAAGCUAGCAGUAUUACCCUGGCGUGUGGAUCUUGCUGUAUCUACCUGCUGAGAGUCUGAACCCUGGCAUUAGUGCAUUGAAGCAUCUGGAUCCUGUGUUCCAGAAACUGGGAAUUCACAACUGUAUACAUAGUCAGUCAGUUUUGUACUACUGAGCUAUUUUGUUUGUUUAGUCCUGUGAUGACCCUCACUGUAUGUGUCAUUUAUCCCUUUGAUUGUGUUCUACUGCAGUAUCAGCAUGUAAAGAAAAUAAAUCAGGGAGUCAAUAUUUAUGUCAAUCUACCUUUAGAUGGAGUUACAGACUAAAGUUUAAAGGGACACUGGGUGGUUAAAACAAGUUCAUAGAUAUGUUACAUCUUUAGAUUAUUAAAACAAAAUUUUAAAAAUUUGAAUGGGCUUUUCACCACUCAUUCCUAGUUUACAUUCUCCUCUUCACUAAUCUUGGAUAAUGGGGUGGGAGGGAAAGGGGGGGGGAAUUAAAACCACUUCUGGUUCUCAUGCCUUAGCAAAAUAUUGCCAUUUUAGAAUUGCUAGAAAAUGUUAAAAUCCUAAAUUAAAAAAACCUUUUCAUUAAAUUUAAGAACAAAAGUUUCAUUAGAAUUUUUUAAAACAAAGUAAGCCUACAUUGCGAAACAACAUCCCCUUAACCUAGAAGUGCCGUUCUUGCCCCCUCAGCUACUGUACGUUGGAUGGCUGUGAACAUGCAGCAGCUUGCAAGGUUCACAUGCAGGCUAACCAUAACUGCACGCUACACUCAGGAAGCACAGGAACUAUUUCAGAGAAGCAUACUGCCCUAAAGAGGAGGUGGUGGAGCUUAAAAGUAGAUAUUCUCCUCCUGAAUUAUAGGGGGAAAUUGUAUCUCUGUGACGCUUCCUCCCCAAGCUCCACACAGAAGUAGUGCAACUCUGCACCAUCCCUCGCUGUGAGCAGUGCCUGAGUGCAACAGCUGAGCCCAAAGGUUAACACAAUUAUUGGGAAGGACAAAUUGUCUGCACUACUUAACCAAGGUAGGAACCCCAACAGUCCCUUCCCCCAUUUACUGUGUUCUCUGGGAGUUUUACUUAGCCUUUCAAGGCAAGGUUAGUGUGAAGGUGGUGACGGGGAAGUGAACUGUUGGACUCCAGACGACAAUGCUGACCUUUAUUUUAAAAAUAUUUUUAAACUAACAUUUCAAAACAUGAAGUCAUUUUGAAUCAAAAAAAAUCAAAUACUUCAUUCCAAACAGGAAAAAAAGUGUCAAACAAUCCAUUGAAACCCAGGGGAAGUUUUGGUUUUGACAAAAAUCAGGAUUUUCCAACAACAAAAAUUGUUUAAAAAAGUUCCUGACCAGCUCUAUUAUUGACUCCUGAGCAAGAUGGGUGACUUGUGCUUUAGUGGUCAUUUUUCCUCUUCAUCCCAGAAGUCAGUAGGGGCCAAUUUCUCUUCUUCUUUAUGGAUACAUGCAGAUCCCAUAGGGUGCUAUCUUGUCACACCUUCUGGUCUACUGCAUCUUAGCGCUUGGAUGUAAUCUCCACGUCCAUUGUAGUGAGUACUGUAUUAUUGAUGACUGGUCAUCAAUGCAGGUUCCAAGGCAAUAAGUCCUAUAAAAAGUUAAUCAUGUACAUGUUUGGAAACUGGCUAGUAUAAUACAGCUUUGGACCAUGAUAAGAACAUACAUAUAUAAUUACUGGUGCAGCAUCUUAAGACAGUACAACUUUAUUCACACCAUAAAAAGCAAAAUAAAGAGAUCAUUGCUCUGGCAAGAAUUAGAGUGCUUUGGAGUUUUUUGGUCAUGAAAGAUUUGCUUGAGGGAAGCAGAUGGAAUAGUCAAGUGAGCCACCCAAAGUUUUCAAGCAUGUAAAAUGAGCUCAGAACAGCCAAGUCUUACCAAAGACAAGAAUCAAACAGGACUGAGUCAACUAGUCAACUGAACCAAGAGCCAGAAUGGAUCAUCACUGCAUCCUCCUCCCUCCAUCCCUAUUGCACAUUCUACCUUUGGAACAGGAUAAGGACACAAGUUACAGUACAUCAACUAGUACAUUAGAAGAUCAAUAUUCAAGGUAAGAAGCAGAUUAAGAAAACUGGAUCUAAAUCUGCAGAAGGACCAAUGUUCUGUGGCUUGUAAGAGAGGAGUUUUUCACUGUCACACAGUGUCAUUUGUCAGGAUCAGACAAUAUACACAGGGAUUAGGGAAUAUGAGUUUGUUUAGGGAGAAUAACUGUAUAGAGCAUAUGUUCUUUGGCCCUAGAGAGGUGGCUACAUCAAGAGGAAUAAGAUUUCCUUGCUUGAUGAUUGGUUUUCUUACAGAAAAAUCCAGAGAAGCCCUUGGAACAAAUAAUAUACACUAUAAAAUAACUUUGGUAGAGUUGUUUUGUACCAUAAAAACCUUUUAAAAUAAUGUGUAGCAUCUGGGGUAUUUUUUUUUAAACAAUAGCAGUAUUUUUAGAAUGGUUUAUUAUCACUGGAGGCAGAUAUAAAUAAUUCAGAUGGGAGAACAUACAUGGGUUGGAAUGAGAGGGGAAGCGACAAGGUCAAUGAAAGGGAAAGAAUGGUGAUUUGGGAUGAGCAUUCUUAACCAGCACACAGUACAGAAUAAAGACCUAGUGCUGAAAGAUCAUAAACGUCCUUCAUCCACACAGCAUUCUAAUGCACAGAAUUAUGUAGAACAAUCACAGAGCAGGGUACCUACUUUAUCUCAAAGUGCUGCAAGCUCUGGAGUGAUGGCUUCACAAACAAUAGACAAUACUUGCUCAGGUAUGUAUUCCAGACAGUUACCCAGAGACAUGCAGCGUACCUACCAGGUGACGUACUGUGGAGGGAACAAAGAAUUGGGAAUUCUGAGGUGACCUCCUAUUUUAAAUCAUCCCUCUGAUCAGACCACUUAAGACAACAGAUCUAAACUCCAUCUUUACCUAUGGCGUGGAAAUGUCUUCCCAACAAUACCAAAGUGCUGUAUUAUCAGAAUGCUAGUACCAAUUGUU